AUGUCCAACAUCACAUCCAUUGACUACGCAGCGGCGUUUGAAUUUACGAGGAGUUAUGCAGUCAUCGCGACGAUCCUCUACACCGUUUUUGCGAUUGUCUUCAUCGUGAAAUACUUCACUACUCAGCCAAGACUCAAGCUCCUUUCGUCCCUGCCGUUAUUCUGUCUGAUCCGAGUCUCAGCCUUCGUAAUACGCACGCUCAUGACCACAGGCGAUUUCGGCCGCGACAAAAACCUCCUAUACGCCGAAAUAGUGCUCCAAUCCGCCUCCUUCUUCCUACUGGUCUACACCGCCUUCGACCUCCUGAUCCAAUGGCUACUGAGCGACUCCAUCGAGCUCUCCCCCACCACGCUCGCACGACUCCCAUAUAUCCCCAAGGUCGCUCAGUACGGGCUUUCGGGUCUCGCCGCAUUGAGCAUCUGGUCGCUGGUGUGGAAGUUUUCCGACGACGCUGGCAAACUCAAUACGGCGGCAAUUAUGAGCAAAGUUGUCGCGAUUGGGUUUACGUUGUUUACCCUUGCUGUCGGGCUUGCGACAGGGUAUUUCUGGUUGCGGAGUCGGAAUAGGAAACGUAGCACGGCGCUCGCUAGGCCGAUCAACGUCCUCACCCUACUGACGCCGUUCCUCUUCAUCCGCCUCGCCUUCCUGGACGCCACGCUCCUCGACCACUCGCUAUCGACCCCAGAGAAGUACUUUUAUCCGUUCGCCAUCCUACCCGAGCUCAUCACGCUUCUGAUCCUGUCAAUCCCUGGAGCAUUUGACGCUGCUGUGGCAGUCGCUUCUGAGCAGGCCGGACGCAGCGCAGAGACUGUCUGGGUCCCGAGGGGGACGCCACAGCGGACGGUUACGGAACUUAACUACGUCCUAUCAUUCCUUAGCUUAGCGAGCGCCUCCGCAUAUCGGCUCGUUAAGUCUCGCAUCCAAUUUGUAUACUUCGCAAUUCUGAGUUGUUUCGUCACGUCGGUCGGAGACUUGCACUUCUUGGUCCCCCAUCCGGCGCGGUGUCGGAGAGGACGAGUGACGAAAUUCACAUGUUGGCGGCAACAAACAGUAAAGCGGGGCCUCGUACAACACGCUGUUAUCGACGAUAAAGACGAUAAACGGAAAGGUGUACUUCCGGGACAGGCGAGUCACCCGAGACACAAUAUGACGAAAGAAAGUCCUGAAGAGGUGACGACUUCCUUCCACAUCGAAACGAUCAAGACAGGCUGGUCAGGCCACAGCGUACAAAAGCAUCACCUCGGAGAGUACGACGAGAAGAACUGGCGCCAUCCGAUGUGGAGCUUCGAAGAUCAAUGCUUCGAAAUCAAUGGUACCUCGAUAUGGAACAGUGGGACCUUAUGUAGCUGA